CCUCCCGCCUGCAGCUGCAGUGACAGGCGAGCCGGGCCCGGUGGCGGAGAGGAAGUGUGGGGCCGCAGCGCCGAGCCCGUCCCAGCCGAGGCCGGCUCCCCGGGCGGCUCGGGUGACAGUGUCGCGGCCGCCGGGCGCAGCACCGGGCACGCGCCGGGCAGAGCCGAGCGCCAGCCGGACGCUUCAGCAGAGACGCGGGGAAAAUGGCUGAUGACUUUGGCUUCUUCUCGUCGUCGGAGAGCGGGGCCCCCGAGGCGGUCGAGGAGGACCCGGCGGCUGCCUUCCUGGCCCAGCAGGAGAGUGAGAUCGCGGGCAUAGAGAAUGACGAGGGCUUUGGGGCACCUGCCGGCAGCCAUGGGGCCCUCGCGCAGCCGGGACCCGCGAGUGGGGCUGGUUCUGAGGACAUGGGGACCACGGUCAAUGGAGAUGUGUUUCAGGAGGCUAACGGUCCAGCAGAUGGCUAUGCGGCGAUUGCCCAGGCUGACAGACUGACUCAGGAACCCGAGAGCAUCCGCAAGUGGAGAGAGGAGCAGAGGAAACGGCUGCAGGAGCUGGAUGCUGCCUCCAAGGUGACAGAACAGGAGUGGCGGGAGAAAGCCAAGAAGGACCUGGAGGAGUGGAACCAGCGUCAGAGUGAACAAGUCGAGAAGAACAAGAUCAAUAACCGGGCAUCUGAGGAGGCUUUCGUGAAGGAAUCCAAGGAGGAGACGCCAGGCACAGAGUGGGAGAAGGUAGCUCAGCUGUGUGACUUCAACCCCAAGAGCAGCAAGCAGUGCAAAGACGUGUCCCGCCUGCGCUCGGUGCUCAUGUCCCUGAAGCAGACGCCGCUGUCCCGCUAGGUGCCUGUCACAAGCAUGGCCACAAAGCAUGGGCUGGGCCUGGGCACAGGAGGAGCCGCUGCUUUGGCCAGGAUUGGGGCACAGUGCCUCCAGCAGCUGCUACCCACAGCCUGUUCUGUUCCUCCCCAUCUCCUGGGGCUGGGAAGAGGAACCCUCCCCCGUCACCCCAUUCCCUCCUGGCCCUGUGGCCCAGCCCCUCACACCUCCUCUCGGUCCACAAAAUUGUGACUGUCCCUCCUGAUGUAUUUUUUUUUCUUGGCUUAAAGGGUGUGUUGUUAACUCUUUUUACACUUAUUUAUUAUCAUUCUCAUUUCUCUGGAAGCC